UCGAAGUUAUAAGUUACGCGGUGUACUUAUUAUAUUAUCAAACUUAAACAGCUAAAGUCUCGUCAUUUCUUUCUUAAAUUAAAGAAAGUUGUGAAACAAAUCGAUGUGGAAAUUUAACUGUAUUAAUUGAAAUAAACUGCCGGCACUUUUUUAAUUUAUUUUAUUUUAACGAUUCCAGUACCUCCGCAACAAACGUCAUGGCCCCAUUACAGUUAAAUGAAUCUGAUACAUUACAGUUGAUUAAGAUCUUAAACGAAUACGGAGAAAAGGCACUAUUAACCAAAAAUAUAAUCCAGUUAUCCUCACCUAAACCCAAAAAUUAUUUGCUGGAAGUCUGGGUAGACGCCUGGCCAAACUUCAACGCAGUUCUAGUUAUAUACGAUUGGACCGUUACUGAGGUCACACAUAUAAGCUACACCUACUACGAAUUCUCUUUGAAAGAAGAAAGUCUUUUAAAAUUAUUACAAACACCGGGAAUUGUUCGAUGUUCUUCAAUUAAAUUUCCAGCCAUUCUCUCUGAAAGAAAAACUGUUGUAGAAGAAUAUAUGAAAUCUAAAGACAAAUUUGUUAAAAAAUGCGAGAUGUACAACUUGUAUCAUUUAGACGAAAAUUCCCUUCAAAGCAGUGUAGCACCAACAAAUCUGAACGUAGGAAUCCUUACCACAGAACAUUUGGACGAUAUCGCAGACACCUGGGAACAAUCUUCAACCGAACAAGUGGACAGUACUAAGGAAUAUAUCAAUGUUCUUAUAAACACGUUCCCAAAUGUGUGUUUGUGUAAUUCCAUUGAGAAAGUAGUUGCUUAUGGAUUGGGGACCGAUUGUGGAACCAUCGGGUAUCUGCAUGUCAAUGCUAAUUAUCGCGGACGCGGCUGCACAAAAGCGCUGAUCUCUAUGUUAUCAGCUAAGUAUAUUGAAGCAGGAAUAACGCCAAGUGUCAAAAUUCAACCAGAAAAUAUUCUUUCUAUUAGUGUCCAUGAACAAAUAGGUUAUCAGUCAUCAGGAAUUGUGGUUUAUGAUAUGGAAUUUUAAUAAUUUUAAGAGUUAUAAAAAUAACAGAAAUUUUCCCGGCUGUCUUUUCUUUAAUGUUUCUCUGAUGUGGUCUACUUUGCUUUCAUUCUCUCGUGGUUAGUGAAAUGAAUUCCAGUAUUUUUGAGAAAUGACUAUGAAGAUUUACUGGGUAGCCCAGCAAGCUUACGAACCCGGAACAUCAAGAAGUAUUCCCAAAGUUUCCACUUCACAUGAGGAUUCUAAGACACCCUAAUGGGGGCCUUAACCCCCAAAUUUUAGUCAUUUUUUAUGAUCCAAAACUAAGUCAAAAGU